UUUCACUUCAUCCUUCCCACUUCUCCCUCCCCAACCCCCGUUGGGCUUUGUCAACAGCCUGCGGUCUAACAGCCGCAAGAGCGUCCUUCUCCACGAUGGCGCCUCGAGUCAAUAUCCCUCCAGCGACCCGCAUCUGUCUUAUCAGUCUUCUGACCCUCUCCUUGCUGUACAACAUCGCCCGAUGGCGCCAACUUGACACCACCCCCGGAACGCCGAGCACAACUCCCAUCAUACCCUAUCUGACACUCGUUCCCUCCCAAUUUAUCUUCAAUCCGUGGACUCUCCUUACAGCUACCUUCGUGGAGCAAAACAUUUUCACCGUGCUCCUGAACGCGGGCACUCUUUUCUAUGGCGGGAAAUACCUGGAGCGCGCAUGGGGUUCCCGGGAAUUCGCCAAAUUCAUUGUUGCCAUCGCGGUGAUCCCGAACGUGGCGAUUAUUCCGCUCUAUAUUCUAGGGGGUGCCGUCAAAAGCAGCCCCAGCGGCGGCGUAACCCAGAUAUGCGGCGGUAUCUGUAUUCAGGCCUCCUUCCUUGUCGCCUUCAAACAACUCGUCCCUGAGCAUACGGUAACCAUCUUCAAGGGCUUGGUCAAAAUGCGAGUCAAGCAUUUCCCUGCUCUUUUCCUGUUAUUGAACACAAUCAGCGGGGUGGUUUUGGGCACGCAUGUCGCGGCGAUGCUCUCUUGGCUCGGCCUGUUGACUAGUUGGACAUACCUUCGCUUCUUCAAGCACCAGCCGGACCUCACUGGCACGUCGACAGACGGACUAGGCAUCAAGGGCGAUGCAAGCGAGACAUUUGCAUUUGCUUGCCUCUUUCCGGACAUGCUUCAACCGCCAAUCGCGUUUCUUUCGGAUCAAGUAUACGCUCUGCUGGUCGCCCUCAGGAUCUGUACACCUUUCUCCGAAGAAGCCAUUGCCUCGGGCAACCAACAAGUUCUGGCAAGGGGCGAGGCAGGUCUUCCUAGCCUUCUUUCCAGUCAUCGUAACGGAAGAGCCAUGGCGAAACGGGAGGAGGCUGAGCGCAGACGAGCCCUGGCCCUCAAGGCCUUAGACCAGAGACUGCAAGCAGCUGCUGCGGGAAGAGUACAGCCUCCCUCGUCUACAUUGAAUCAGCAAGGAUCCACUCACGCCCAGACUCCGACACCCACGGUAUCAGCAGGACAGAGUAUGUUGGGAGAAACCAACUACACGCCAGACCAUGCGUGAACCUGGAGCAAAUUUGCGAUGCAUGGUUUCACGGAGUUUGAUUGGUUGUUUGGGAUAAUAUGAAAUGGAACAAUGCAACGUAAAGUGUUUCUGCCGCUAAGCCUUGUUAUCAUAUACCGGACCCUGGAAUUGUCUUUUCGCAAGACUCGAGUCUUUCAAUCCAUUGCAGGUCAUGGCCACGGGACAUAAUUCCGUGGUUCUUACUGUACAAAAUGUCUUGACUCUUCCCCUUGAACAAUAAUGAACGAACAUGAACAACUUAUAUCUUCUACACGGACAUCCAGAAAGUUAAAUACUAUAGAAUAACGUUU